AGUUCUCGUGGAAAAAAGUCGUGGUGUUAGCGCGCGCGAAAAGGCCAAUUCAAUUAGUGUGGAACAUAUAAAAUCACCUUUAUAUUGUCUUUUUUUGCCAAACCCGGAGCCAAGUAAUCUUUAAAAAAAAAUACAUUGUUUGUGUUUUUUUCUGUGUAUGUGUGAAGAAUUGAAAAAAAAGGAAAAAGAAUUUAAUAAUAAUAUUUUGUGAGAUUCUUCAGUGAACUUUUGCCCUGGUUGGGAGUGAAGUGAAAUAUAAAAAAAAUCUCCACACAGGAAUUUUCUCUAUUGAAGCUGGCAUUUAGCCAAGUGGGUGGCAAAAUUGCCACGGAAUUCUAUUCUCUCGUUGAUUAUUUCGUAAAGAAAAAAACAGAGUUUAAAUAUCAAACAGCUCUAAACAUGUGUUUAGGUUUAUCUCACAUAAUUCCCCCGCAAUGCUCUUCAGCACAAUUCUAAUUGUUUAAGCUCGCCUGGCGCGGCAGGUUCUCAUCACUUUCAAUUUUAAUGUAGUCUCAUUUGCAUGAAGAGGAGAGAAAAUUAAUUGAGGAAGGACACGAUGGCAAAGUACUUUGGCUGUAUGUUGGUGCAGCGUGUGCUGUUUCCAACGCUUCUAGCUGCCUGUUGUUUAUUUAGGCCAGUAGCAAUAUCAUUGCUCUAUCUUCUUCUACUUUUCCUGCUUCCCUUUGUACCUAUUGCUACGCCAACAACAAUUAAAGGUCGUACCGGCACAUACUUCAAAAUACUUAUUCUCAUCUCAACACUCACGAGUCUGUCGCAUGGAGUCUUUGAGAUAGUUCUCUUAUCAAUUGGAUAUGAUAAGUUGGAAUUUUGUGGAUUAACUGAGAAGAUUCUCAGGCAUAUUGGAUUUAUUCGUCUCAGUGAAUUACCGCCUCUGUCUGUGAUUGUAUGGAUUGCGCCGGAAUUGGUACUCUUGCUGGCCUCCAUUGGGGUCUACUUCAUCCUGAAGAUGAUGGCCAAUGGGCAUGCGGCGCAGGAUGAGGGCGGUGGGCAGAAUGAGGAGAAUGCCGAUGAACCGAGCUAUACGGUGGAGAAGUACAGUGUUAUUUGCCAAGCGGCAAAGGUUCUGUCAAUGGUGGCACUCCUGCUGGCUUCUGUUAUGCGCCCAUCCGUACCCAGUGGGGUCUACUUCCUCAUGUUUUUGACUCUGGCAACGUGGUGGGCGUGCUAUGGGAAGCUCGAAAGGGGUUUCGCAAUCAUAUCACGCAUUAUAAUGCUCUUCCUUGGCAUUCAUAUUAUUGCAUUUAUGAUGUAUCAAACACCGUGGCCACAGGAAUUCUUUCCAAGUGAUAACUUAUUGCCAAGACUUUUGGGAUUUGUGCCACUUUUCAUAUCAACAUGUGAUAAUUCAACUAAUGUUACCUCACAAGAUGGGAACAAGACGUACGUGGAUGACAUACGAAUUGUAAAUUUUAACACAGAUGCCCCAAUUGAUGCAAUUUUAAAUCCCGUCAUCAUUCUCCUCUGCUUCUACACCCUCGCUGUUUCAUCGACAAUGAUCUUGAGACAAAAGGCACGUGAAUAUCAAGAACUGAAUUUUGUUCCUACUGAACAAACACCUCUAAUGAGGCGAAGUACAAGAAGAAUGAGAAUGCCAAGUUUAACAGGAAGAAGUUCAAGAGAUGGUGGCGAUGGAAUUCAAAUGAAUGAAAUGGGAAAUGCAAUUAAUUCCACAGAAGAAGACAGCUCAGGAAUAUUGGAUAGUUUCUUUGCAUUUGUACAAAAUAUUACGGGAUUUAUAUUCAAGCAUUGCUACAUUUUCAUGAAUAUUGCAAUGAUGACGUGGAGCAUUAUGUACCACAGCUGGUUAACAUUUAUCUUGCUGAUUUGGGCGAAUGUUUUGUGGAUAAUUCCAAAUCAGAGGAAGACAAUGUUGCAAUCAAGUCCCUUUGUGGUCAUCUAUGCGGAAUUGCUGCUAAUCGCUCAGUACAUCUAUGGCAUGGAUCUGACUGAGGAUGAACUCCCAGCAACAAUUGAUAUUAAGGGGAUAAAUCUCUCACAAAUUGGUCUUGUGAAGUACACCCACCUACCCUGUGGGCCACUCAUCACAAAAACCAUCUUCACACUCAUGUUCUGGGUGACACUCAGGCAAAUGACGAAGGAGCGUCGUGAGAGGCGACAAACGUCUACCCUCGCAGAUAUGGUGGCUCCCCUUCAAGUGACUGUUGGUGCAGCAACAGCUGAUUUAGCUCCACGGCCAGAUGAGAAGGUCAAGGAGUCGCAAUUUAUAACAAAAGCCGCAAUACUCUUUGAUGCAUUUCUCACGAGAUUCUGGAUUUGGAUUGUUGUUAUAACAUUGUUUGCCUCUGGAAUAGCUGGUCAGAGGAUGACUGGCUUUAGAAUCAUCUACAUGGCACUCUUUCUUGUCUUCCUCCUCACAUUCCAAGUUUCGUGGAAAGCAUGGAAGAAAAUGAUGUAUGGCUUUUGGUUGACUGUAAUUAUCUAUGCCAUGGUGAUUUUGGUUUUAGUCUACACAUAUCAGUUCGACCGAUUCCCCCAGUAUUGGUCGGAGUAUCUCAACAUAUCAGAGACGUUACAAGGUGAUAUUGGGUUGGAAAAAUAUCAAACAGGAGACCUAUUUCUCCAUCUUGCAAUACCAACGAUUGUUGUUGUGAUGACUGUGCUGCAGUUGCACUACUUCCACAGCAAAUUCUUGGCACUAAUUGAGCCCCCAGAGGGUGGGAAUGUGGAGGUGGACACCCCAAAUGUGCGGCAGUACGAGAAUCUCGAGGAAUCAGAUGAAUCUCCAAAGAGUACCAAAGGGAAGAAAUCUCUCUUCAGCAAAAUUCUCUCAAUGACUGGGCUGUCGAAGCAAGAGAUCUAUGACUUCUUCACGAGAGUCAAGGAGAAGAUAAUUUACACGUAUGAGACAACGCUGCUCUUUCUCGAUAUUCACUUGAUAAAGCUCGUAAUUUUCAUUGGUUUUAUGGUGUGCGUGAAGGAACCAUGUUUCCUGCAUAUCUUCUUCACGGCAAUCAUUGUAAUUGCUGCUCUUUCCCGAACGGAUUCACAAAUACUCAUAAGUCGCAUUUUCUCCGUCAUUGUGGCGGUUCUCUUCCUCGCAAAGAUGAUCUACCAAGUGAAGUACAUUGAGCACCACAACUACGACGUAAUAUGCAAUAAUGUGACAAAUCCAAAUGGCAUCAAUAAUGCUGAUUGGUUUGGUUUCCAUAAAAUAUCAGAGAAUUCAACACUCACGGAAUUACUGAAGAACUACAUUGGGUACAUUGCAAUUGUGACUAUUGAUGCUAUUAUUCGGUAUCAUCAGAAGAUUAAAAGGAUCAAGAGUGGUCAAUCACCUGAGAGACCUGAUGUGAUGUUCCCAGAUGUCACGAGGAAGGAUGCAGAGCAAAAUCUCAGAUUUAUGAUUAAAUAUCUCGCCAAUUAUGCCUUCCAUCGUUUUGGGGUGGAAUGCUGCCUCAUUGUGACGGUUAUUGUAAUUGGAAUCCGUAUGGAUAUCAUUGCGCUCUUCUACUCAAUUUGGUUGUGCUUCCUCUUUGCUGCUAAACGCGAGAAGAUGGCAAUGCUCUGGCCGGCUUUUCAGUGGUUCUCUGCCAUGUCAAUUGUUGUCCAGUACAUUGUCAUCGUUGGAGUACCUCCUGGGUUGUGUCUCUCCUAUCCUUGGAGCGAGGGGAUUCUGAGGAAUUUGCAAAUGUGGGCAAUGCUCCCGGAUGCUACGUUGUUUCAGAUCUCUCAGAAAAUUAUUCCGGACUUCAUUCUGCUAAUGCUGGUAACGCGACAGCGGUAUGUGUUCCGAAUUGAAAGGGAUUGGAUUGAGAGAGAACAGGAGUUUCCGGGUGGAACGAAUAAGUCCAUCCUGUCGGAGAUUGAGGGAUUUAUUGGGAAGAAGUUUGAGAAUCCAACACCGGAUUUUACAUCAAAUGUCCGCAAUUGGUUGGAUGUUCUCAAGCGUGGCUUUGUGCUGGGAUUCUUCUGGCUUGCCUUGGCCAUUGUUUUCCUCACGGGUGCCAAUCGUGUGAACCUCUUCUCAGUGGGCUACCUUAUUGGCUCCUUUACGUUCCUGUGGCAAGGAUCUGACUUCUAUUUGCGUCCCGUACGCACCAUCCUCAGGUGGUGGCUACGCCUCAUUGCGUACAAUGUUUUUGUGAUCACAUCGAAGACCGUCCUGCAGAUUCCGGGGUGUCUCUUCUAUAAACCCCUCAAGGAGCACACGUGUUGGCUCAUUCAGCUCCUCAGCAUUGUCUGUACGCAAAAGCAAAAGGAUGAUGCAGCUGUUACAUCCAUCAAGGCCAAGUGUUCUGUGAAUGCGGAUCAAGCGAGUAUUCUGUGGGAUGUCAUUUGCUUUGCCUUCCUCGUCAUUCAGUAUCGCAUCUUCCAGAGCUACUACUUCUGUCACGUUGUUAAUGAGACAAAAGCCGGUGUGAUUUUAGCAUCGAGAGGAGCUGAAUUAAUUGAGGAGUUGAGACAGAAGAAAAUGAAGCAAGAACUCGAAGCGGAAGCGAGAAUUUUGAAGAAGUUGAAAUUCAAAAUGGAUCGAAUUAAGGCAACGCAGAAGAAACUACUCGUACCUGUGGUUGAAGAACCCAAAACUCAUGCCCAAGUCGAUUCAGGGGAUUUCAGGGGUCAGGAGAGAAAGCAGCGUGUUAAAUGUGGCCGUGCAAUUCGUUCGGGAGACUAUUACAUGUUUGAGGAUCUUGAUGAUGAACUUGAGCUUGAUCUGUUGGCUCAACCAAAAUCUGAGGAUGAUGUUGAGGAUCAGCAGAAGGAGAAGCUUCAAAAGAAAAUGGGCCUUGGCGAGUUGAUAUCAACGAAAUUCAAUGAAGGCAAUGUGCAUAGAACAUCAGAAUCCGAUCCUGGCUUUUCCCCAACAUCCUUCCAUCGCAGAAGUGUUCGUGAGUCGAAAAAGGGGAGGAAAUCAUACCAGAAAUUCGAUUCAGGUCGCUCGAUUAUGUCUGAACCGCUUCCUUCGCAUAUUGGUGGUGGUGGUGAAGACGAUGAUGACGAUGUGUCCUCGAGGGUGGCGUCAAAGCGUCGUGAGGAUGCUGAUGAGUUGGAUAGAGAUAAACCGGGGCCGAGUCAUGCCUACAAGUCACCAUCGGAUAGUGAUGGGGAUGAUGAUGAUGAUCCAACGGAGAGGCAACAUCUGAAGAGGUCCAGCUCGGAGGAGAGUGUGACGGAGAUUGAUGGGGAUGAGGAGCGUCCAAGGGGUCGUUUGGUGGGUCUAAAAUUGAUCUGGGCCUUCAUUGAGGGCGCCAUGAUCUCUCUCAUUAUUCGUCUCAAUCGCAUUUCACGACACUACCGGUACGUUGUGCGUGUCCUAGCGCGCGAGAAGAUUGAACUGAAGAAUUCCCCAGACUUUGGGAUAGGUCGUCGUGCGGGGAAUAUGAUGUGGAUCCCCCAGAGGAUUAACAGUGAACACUCAACGGAAAGUUCCACCACCGAAACGGAGAGACAAAAUAGGGGUACAGUGAGUGAGGCUGAUGUUAGAGUUGAUACGGAUAAUGUACCAACGGAAACUGGAGGAGAUGCAUCAGAGGAUGAAGGACUUGCAGCCAACUAUGCAGCUCUACAGCAAGCAGUUCUUAAGCCCAAACCCCCAGAGGAGGAAGAAGAGCGCAGAGAGAGUAUGGUGCCAGAAAUUCGUAUCUUGGCGCCCUCAUUGGAACGUGGCUUAGAUGAAGUAUCACCAUCCACUGCUAAAGUGGAGAAGCCAAAAGUUAAGGACAGGAAAUACAAAGUUGAUGAAAUUGAGGAUUUUUCUGAGAAGGAACAUUCGUCGAUUGUUGAGCUAUUGAUGGCUUGUUGGUUUGCCAUCUUGUCUAACACGGAUCUUGUUUGCUAUUUUGUCGUCUUUAUCAAUCAGGUCAAUUCUUCGAGUAUUUUGUCCCUUCCUCUGCCUUUUAUGGUCUUCUGUUGGGGAACAUUGACCGUCCCGCGUCCUUCAAAGACAUUCUGGGUCACCUUGAUAGCCUACACGCAGAUCGUUGUGCUGCUAAAGUGUGUCUCUCAGUUUGAAUUGCUCUGGUGGAAUGAACAACCAAUUCCACCGAAUCAACCUCUUGCCCCAGCACGAAUAAUUGGGAUUGAGAAGAAGAAGAACUACGCAACGUACGAUUUGGCUCUUCUUCUUGUUCUCUUCUUCCAUCGUUUCAUGCUAAAGACGCUCGGGCUGUGGAAGUCAGACUUCAAGGAGGAACCUCUGUCUGAGGGACCGUACCAGGUGAAUCAAAACACGGGGAAUGGCGCAGAGGAGAAGGCUCUUGUCCAGAAGACAAAUGAUCUGGACAAGAAGACUGAUGAAACUGGCUCAAAUCAAGCCAUUGCCAUUGCAAAAGUUCACACAGAGACCAUCCUGUGUCCAUCGACGGACAUGCAGCUGGUUCAGGUGACUGAUGUUAAGGAUCAACCAACAUCCAUCAUCCCUCCUGUUGUUAAACUUUCCUUCAAUCGCCAUUGUUCAUCAUUCAGGAUCUUCUUUGGGCAGCUCCUUGAUCGAUCAUCGCGCGUUUCAGCAGAUGUAUACGCCUACAUGUUCUUCUGUGACUUUAUCAAUUUUAUGGUUGUGCUCUUUGGUUUUACAUCAUUUGGAUCUCAGCAGGGAGAUGGUGGUGUUACAGCUUAUCUCGAGGAGAAUAAAGUGCCUUUAGCAUUUCUAAUAAUGCUCAUUCUCCAAUUUAUUCUAAUCAUCAUCGACCGGGCUCUCUACCUCAGGAAAUACAUGUUGGGAAAAAUUAUUUUCCAAUAUGGCCUUACAGUGGGUAUCCACAUUUGGAUGUUCUUCAUCCUUCCCGCAGUUACUGAGAGGAGUUUCAAUGCAAAGAAUCCUCCAGUUAUUUGGUACCUGAUUAAAUGUUUCUACCUCCUUUUCUCUGCCUACCAAAUUCGCUGUGGCUACCCCACGAGAAUCCUUGGGAACUUCCUCACGCGUAGCUUCAAUCUUGUCAAUUUGUCCGCCUACAAGGCCUACAUGUUCAUCCCCUUCCUGUUUGAGUUGCGAACACUCAUGGAUUGGAUUUGGACGGACACCUCGAUGACGCUAUUUGACUGGUUGAAGAUGGAGGAUAUUUUUGCCAAUAUGUAUCAGCUGAAGUGCUCCCGGAAGCUCGAAUCGGACUUCCCAGCACCGCGAGGGAUGAAGAAGACAACCCUUGUGAAGUAUUUAAUGGGUGGUGGGAUGCUUUUUGGCUUGAUAACGAUCAUUUGGUUCCCAUUGGGAUUAUUUGCUCUGGGGAAUACUGUUGGGGAAUCCAAUCCACCCUUUGAUGUGUCGGUUAGCAUGAAGAUUGGACCAUUUGAACCAAUUUACUUUGCAAAUGCUCAAGGGAGCAAUAUACAGAAGUUCACGGAGGAGCAGUGGUUGAUGCUGAAUCAGCCGUACAAGAGGGAUAAGACAGCUGUUACUUUCUUGACGAACUACGAAGCAGCUGAUGUGGCUGUUGUGGAUUUGGGGCCCAAUUCGACGUCCGUUUGGGCAAUUUCUCCGCCAGAUUUGCAGAGAAUGCGCGAAGAUAUUGAUUCGACGGAUACAUUGAAGAUUGUCUUCAGGUACACCGUGUCGAGGGUUACGUAUUCAAAGGAGAAUCCGGGAGUGAUAACGGAUGAAACGAGCUACGAUCUCAUCUAUGGGGAUCCCAUAAGGCAGACCCUGAGUGGGAUGUUGUCCAAUCAAACAGCUGGGAAUGUCUCAAUCCCGCAUUUGCUGCCGAAGUUCCUCAAAGUGAAGAAUAAUGGGGUACUGAAGCCCAUACCGCAGAUGAUUCCCAGUGAUUAUCCCGAAACAGCGGGCUUCCGGAAUAUUACGCUGAAGCUCUUUGAGGCGGACAAUGUGCGAUGGUGGGAGUUGAAGGAGGACUGUACGGAUGCACUGUACACGGAUAUCUUGAAGGAUAUCCCUGGAGCAAGUUGUGACAAGGCGAUCGUUAUCUACACAUUCAACGACAAACUCUUCCCGCCAACACUGAGCUGGCUCACAGCUGGUGGGAUCAUUGGGAUGUACACAACCUUCGUCAUUUUGAUCUCACGCGUCCUCCGCGGUAUCUUCUCGGGGUCAAGCUUCAAGAUUAUGUUUGAUGAUCUACCCUACGUUGAUCGCGUGCUGCAGCUCUGCCUGGACAUCUACCUCGUGCGGGAAUCACUGGAAUUUGCCCUGGAGGAGGAUCUCUUUGCCAAAUUAAUCUUCCUCUAUCGCUCGCCGGAGACAAUGAUCAAAUGGACACGGCCCAAGGAGGAGGAGACCCCGGGCGAUGAUGAGGACGACACCAGCAGCAUGAGGAGUAGCAGUAAAGCCAUCAGGAGGAAAGCUACGUAAGCCCCCAAAAUCUCUAGUCUAUCGCAUUUUAUCUAAUCGUGUCAAAGUGCAUUUCAUGAAGAAAAAACUUUAAGAAAAUUCGCCCCGAUUUGCGACAAACAUUUUUUUGUAAAGAAUAUUUAUUGAAAAAAAAAUGUUAAAAUACAUUUUUCUCUUCCACACGUCGCACGUGUCGAAAAUUUACCUCAUUUCUAUACAAAAAAAAAAGAAAAACUUUAAAAAAAAAUUCGAAUUUUGUGCAAAGAAAAAUCUUUUUAAUGGACGAAAGUGAAUAAAGAUCUUUUUUUCAUCACAUUGCGAACAAAAUAAAAUUAUGUCGCACAUUAAUGAUUUUUAUUAUUAAAAAAAAUGAAGCAGAAUUUUACACUGUAUAUUUAUCUCUGGAAGAAAUAUAGCUUUUUGAAAAUUGUGAAAAA